AACUGCCAGCACGAAUUAAGUUAGGAACUUCAUUCAUUGCACCUCAAAAUGGCCCCCAGAUUGGAACCCAGUGGGUACUACCACCAGGACUCGCCUCCUCGGUGCGAGAGCAGCGUCCCCGGCAGUCCCCAUGAUGAGUGUGUGAGGGCGGGCCCGUCCCGGCACACGGCCCGGCCCCGGUGCGCAGGCGCCGCGCUCCGGGCACUUGUGGCCGUGCCGGGAAGUUGUGUUGGGAGUGCUGCGAGUGCCGAGCCGAGCCCGCCGCCGACCCCGCCAUGUCGGGCUCCUCCAACGUGGCGGCCAUGAAGAAGGUGGUGCAGCAGCUGCGCCUGGAGGCCAGCGUGACCCGCGUGAAGGUUUCUCAAGCUGCAGCUGACUUGAAGCAAUUCUGCCUGCAGAAUGCACAACACGAUCCCCUACUGACGGGAGUAUCAUCAAGUACAAAUCCAUUCAGACCCCAGAAAGUUUGUUCCUUUUUGUAAUUAUGUGAACUACUUCAGUAUCUUUCAGUGAUCUUUUAGCAUCUUUUCCUACCUGCUGAUGUGUGUAUGGGCAGAGUGCCUCAAGGAGCGGCCUGGUUUGAAGUCUGUAAAAAAGCUUAGCUUUAACGUGCCAAAUCUAACUCUAAAAGUGCUACUGUCGUCAAACUUCUUACCAUCUACCUCUCCAGAUGAACUGUAUGCUAGUUACGUAUUUCUCUUUCAUACGGGAAUCACUUUUAUACGCCAAGCAAAAAAUAAAAGUGUCUUGACUUAGUCUGGUCUUGAAAUUACUGUAAGAAUUGGAUAAACUUCUGGGCAUGGUGGCAUCUCACAGUCAGUGCAUCACUGUAGCAGCUGGAGAGCAGAGAGAGGAGUGAUAAUAUCCUCUGCUGCUGCAGGUCUGCCUGGGGUUAACAUCCCUUCAGAACAAUGAGGCUCCAGCAGUACCAUACUUAGAAGCAUAACAGAAAUAGAACAGAAAAAAAUUUGAGCCUGUUUAUAAUUCAGCUAUACAGCUGUGCCAUAUCAUAGACAUCACAUUAAGACAGAGUAAAUUAAUGUUAAUCUUAAUCUUAAUGAGUAAUUCUACCCUAGGAGAUAACUUACUCUAUGUGCCUUCUUAUUCAUUAGGUAAAUAUGAAAAAGCACUUACAGCUGUAUGUGGAAAGUAGCUCAAAGAAAACUUGACCUUUUAGCUGUCAGUGAAUGUGCCAACUUGAGGCAAAACAGUAGUUUAUGUGCAGAUAAUACAAACUCAAGUGUUGCUGUGAGGCUGAAGAAGCAUUUUUAAAAUUUUAAAGGGGAAAACCCUGCUCAGAGACCUCACAUAGUCACUGAGCAGCAUUUUUAGAUGAUAGCUUUACAAAUGUCUGUCCUGUAAGGGGGUUUUAUGAAUUCUUUCUCAUCCUUUCAACUGCUUUGGGUAUACAGACCUCUUGUCAUUGUGAUACUUACAGAAGAGAUGCCUGUAGGAGUUAUGUGUAUUGUUUUUGUAACUUCAGCAACGUGCCUAUUUUAUGCAAAAUGCUAAUGAAAUAAAAGACCAUGGACUUCA